GGAUUCCACACCCUUCCUGACGAAAAGUACCACCCUGCCCAGGACUCAACGAAUAUUCCUGAAGGUAGCACGACAAUAGAUAAUGCGACCACUCUUCCGGACGAAACUACAACAGCUGAACCUCAAGAAAGUAGCACGGUUGAGGAUUCCACACCCAUUCCUGACGAAAGUACUACAGCUCCCCAGGACUCAACGAAUAUUCCUGAAGAUAGCACGACAAUAGAUGAUGCGACCACUCUUUCGGACGAAACUACAACAGCUGAACCUCAAGAAAGUACCACGGUUGAGGAUACCACUCCCAUUCCCGACGAAAGUACUACAGCUGCCCAGGACUCAACGAAUAUUCCUGAAGAUAGCACGACAAUAGAUAAUGCGACUACUCUUCCGGACGAAACUACAACAGCUGAACCUCAAGAAAGUACCACGGUUGAGGAUUCCACACCCAUUCCUGACGAAAGUACUACCGCUGCCCAGGACUCAACGAAUAUUCCUGAAGGUAGCACGACAAUAGAUAAUGCGACCACUCUUCCGGACGAAACUACAACAGCUGAACCUCAAGAAAGUACAACGGUUGAGGAUACCACUCCCAUUCCCGACGAAAGUACUACAGCUGCCCAGGACUCAACGAAUAUUCCUGAAGAUAGCACGACAAUAGAUAAUGCGACUACUCUUCCGGACGAAAGUACCACGGUUGAGGAUUCCACACCCAUUCCUGAAGAAAGUACUACAGCUGCCCAGGACUCAACGAUUAUUCCUGAAGAUAGCACGACAAUAGAUAAUGCGACAACUCUUCCGGACGAAAGUACCACGGUUGAGAAUUCCACACCCAUUCCUGAAGAAAGUACUACAGCUGCCCAGGACUCAACGAAUAUUCCUGAAGAAAACACGACAAUAGAUGAUGCAACUACUCUUCCGGACGAAACUACAACAGCUGAACCUCAAGAAAGUACCACGGUUGAGGAUACCACUCCCAUUCCCGACAUAAGUACUACAGCUGCCCAGGACUCAACGAAUAUUUCUGAAGAUAGCACGACAAUAGAUGAUGCAACUACUCUUCCGAACGAAAGUACAACAGCUGAGCCUCAAGAAAGCACCACGGUUGAGGAUUCCACACCCAUUCCUGAAGAAAGUACUACAGCUGCCCAGGACUCAACGAAAAUUCCUGAAGAUAGCACGACAAUAGAUGAUGCAACUACUCUUCCGGACGAAAGUACAACAGCUGAGCCUCAAGAAAGCACCACGGUUGAGGAUUCCACACCCAUUCCUGAAGAAAGUACUACAGCUGCCCAGGACUCAACGAAUAUUCCUGAAGAUAGCACGACAAUAGAUGAUGCAACUACUCUUCCGGACGAAACUACAACAGCUGAACCUCAAGAAGAAGAAAGUACCACGGUUGAGGAUACCACUCCCAUUCCCGACGAAAGUACUACAGCUGCCCAGGACGAAAGUACCACGGUUGAGGAUUCCACACCCAUUCCUGAAGAAAGUACUACAGCUGCCCAGGACUCAACGAUUAUUCCUGAAGAUAGCACGACAAUAGAUAAUGCGACAACACUUCCGGACGAAAGUACCACGGUUGAGAAUUCCACACCCAUUCCUGAAGAAAGUACUACAGCUGCCCAGGACUCAACGAAUAUUCCUGAAGAUAACACGACAAUAGAUGAUGCAACUACUCUUCCGGACGAAACUACAACAGCUGAACCUCAAGAAAGUACCACGGUUGAGAAUUCCACACCCAUUCCUGAAGAAAGUACUACAGCUGCCCAGGACUCAACGAAUAUUCCUGAAGAUAGCACGACAAUAGAUGAUGCAACUACUCUUCCGGACGAAAGUACAACAGCUGAGCCUCAAGAAAGCACCACGGUUGAGGAUUCCACACCCAUUCCUGAAGAAAGUACUACAGCUGCCCAGGACUCAACGAAUAUUCCUGAAGAUAACACGACAAUAGAUGAUGCAACUACUCUUCCGGACGAAAAUACAACAGCUGAGCCUCAAGAAAGCACCACGGUUGAGGAUUCCACACCCAUUCCCGACGAAAGUACUACAGCUGCCCAGGACUCAACGAAUAUUCCUGAAGAUAGCACGACAAUAGAUGAUACAACUACUCUUCCGGACGAAACUACAACAGCUGAACCUCAAGAAAGUACCACGGUUGAGGAUUCCACACCCAUUUCUGACGAAAGUACUACAGCUGCCCAGGACUCAACGAAUAUUCCUGAAGAUAGCACGACAAUAGAUAAUGCGACUACUCUUCCGGACAAAAGUACCACGGUUGAGGAUUCCACACCCAUUCCUGAAGAAAGUACUACAGCUGCCCAGGACUCAACGAAUAUUCCUGAAGAUAGCACGACAAUAGAUGAUGCGACUACUCUUCCGGACGAAAGUACAACAGCUGAACCUCAAGAAAGUACCACGGUUGAGGAUACCACUCCCAUUCCUGACGAAAGUACAACAGCUGCCCAGGGCUCAACGAAUAUUCCUGAAGAUAGCACGACAAUAGAUGAUGCAACUACUCUUCCGGACGAAAGUACAACAGCUGAGCCUCAAGAAAGCACCACGGUUGAGGAUUCCAACCCCAUUCCUGAAGAAAGUACUACAGCUGCCCAGGACUCAACGAAAAUUCCUGAAGAUAGCACGACAAUAGAUGAUGCAACUACUCUUCCGGACGAAAGUACAACAGCUGAGCCUCAAGAAAGCACCACGGUUGAGGAUUCCACACCCAUUCCUGAAGAAAGUACUACAGCUGCCCAGGACUCAACGAAUAUUCCCGAAGAUAGCACGACAAUAGAUGAUGCAACUACUCUUCCGGACGAAAGUACAACAGCUGAGCCUCAAGAAAGCACCACGGUUGAGGAUUCCACACCCAUUCCUGAAGAAAGUACUACAGCUGCCCAGGACUCAACGAAAAUUCCUGAAGAUAGCACGACAAUAGAUGAUGCAACUACUCUUCCGGACGAAAGUACAACAGCUGAGCCUCAAGAAAGCACCACGGUUGAGGAUUCCACACCCAUUCCUGAAGAAAGUACUACAGCUGCCCAGGACUCAACGAAUAUUCCUGAAGAUAGCACGACAAUAGAUGAUGCAACUACUCUUCCGGACGAAACUACAACAGCUGAGCCUCAAGAAAGCACCACGGUUGAGGAUUCCACACCCAUUCCUGAAGAAAGUACUACAGCUGCCCAGGACUCAACGAAUAUUCCCGAAGAUAGCACGACAAUAGAUGAUGCAACUACUCUUCCGGACGAAAGUACAACAGCUGAGCCUCAAGAAAGCACCACGGUUGAGGAUUCCACACCCAUUCCUGAAGAAAGUACUACAGCUGCCCAGGACUCAACGAAAAUUCCUGAAGAUAGCACGACAAUAGAUGAUGCAACUACUCUUCCGGACGAAAGUACAACAGCUGAGCCUCAAGAAAGCACCACGGUUGAGGAUUCCACACCCAUUCCUGAAGAAAGUACUACAGCUGCCCAGGACUCAACGAAUAUUCCUGAAGAUAGCACGACAAUAGAUGAUGCAACUACUCUUCCGGACGAAACUACAACAGCUGAACCUCAAGAAAGUACCACGGUUGAGGAUACCACACCCAUUCCCGACGAAAGUACUACAGCUGCCCAGGACUCAACGAAUAUUCCUGAAGAUAGCACGACAAUAGAUGAUACAACUACUCUUCCGGACGAAACUACAACAGCUGAACCUCAAGAAAGUACCACGGUUGAGGAUUCCACACCCAUUUCUGACGAAAGUACUACAGCUGCCCAGGACUCAACGAAUAUUCCUAAGGUAGCACGAAUAGAUAAUACGACCACUCUUCGGGACGAAACUACAACAGCUGAACCUCAAGAAAGUACCACGGUUGAGGAUACCACACCCAUUCCCGACGAAAGUACUACAGCUGCCCAGGACUCAACGAAUAUUCCUGAAGAUAGCACGACAAUAGAUGAUACAACUACUCUUCCGGACGAAAGUACAACAGCUGAGCCUCAAGAAAGCACCACGGUUGAGGAUUCCACACCCAUUCCUGAAGAAAGUACUACAGCUGCCCAGGACUCAACGAAAAUUCCUGAAGAUAGCACGACAAUAGAUGAUGCAACUACUCUUCCGGACGAAAGUACAACAGCUGAGCCUCAAGAAAGCACCACGGUUGAGGAUUCCACACCCAUUCCUGAAGAAAGUACUACAGCUGCCCAGGACUCAACGAAUAUUCCUGAAGAUAGCACGACAAUAGAUGAUGCAACUACUCUUCCGGACGAAAGUACAACAGCUGAGCCUCAAGAAAGCACCACGGUUGAGGAUUCCACACCCAUUCCUGAAGAAAGUACUACAGCUGCCCAGGACUCAACGAAUAUUCCUGAAGAUAGCACGACAAUAGAUGAUGCAACUACUCUUCCGGACGAAACUACAACAGCUGAACCUCAAGAAAGUACCACGGUUGAGGAUACCACACCCAUUCCCGAAGAAAGUACUACAGCUGCCCAGGACUCAACGAAUAUUCCUGAAGAUAGCACGACAAUAGAUGAUAGAACUACUCUUCCGGACGAAACUACAACAGCUGAACCUCAAGAAAGUACCACGGUUGAGGAUUCCACACCCAUUUCUGACGAAAGUACUACAGCUGAAGAUAGCACGACAAUAGAUAAUGCGACUACUCUUCCGGACGAAAGUACCACGGUUGAGGAUUCCACACCCAUUCCUGAAGAAAGUACUACAGCUGCCCAGGACUCAACGAAUAUUCCUGAAGAUAGCACGACAAUAGAUGAUGCGACUACUCUUCCGGACGAAAGUACAACAGCUGAACCUCAAGAAAGUACCACGGUUGAGGAUACCACUCCCAUUCCUGUCGAAAGUACUACAGCUGCCCAGGACUCAACGAAAAUUCCUGAAGAUAGCACGACAAUAGAUGAUGCAACUACUCUUCCGGACGAAAGUACAACAGCUGAGCCUCAAGAAAGCACCACGGUUGAGGAUUCCACACCCAUUCCUGAAGAAAGUACUACAGCUGCCCAGGACUCAACGAAUAUUCCUGAAGAUAGCACGACAAUAGAUGAUGCAACUACUCUUCCAGACGAAACUACAACAGCUGAACCUCAAGAAAGUACCACGGUUGAGGAUACCACACCCAUUCCCGACGAAAGUACUACAGCUGCCCAGGACUCAACGAAUAUUCCUGAAGAUAGCACGACAAUAGAUAAUGCGACUACUCUUCCGGACGAAAGUACCACGGUUGAGGAUUCCACACCCAUUCCUGAAGAAAGUACUACAGCUGCCCAGGACUCAACGAAUAUUCCUGAAGAUAGCACGACAAUAGAUGAUGCAACUACUCUUCCGGACGAAAGUACAACAGCUGAGCCUCAAGAAAGCACCACGGUUGAGGAUUCCACACCCAUUCCUGAAGAAAGUACUACAGCUGCCCAGGACUCAACGAAUAUUCCUGAAGAUAGCACGACAAUAGAUGAUGCAACUACUCUUCCAGACGAAACUACAACAGCUGAACCUCAAGAAAGUACCACGGUUGAGGAUACCACACCCAUUCCCGACGAAAGUACUACAGCUGCCCAGGACUCAACGAAUAUUCCUGAAGAUAGCACGACAAUAGAUAAUGCGACUACUCUUCCGGACGAAAGUACCACGGUUGAGGAUUCCACACCCAUUCCUGAAGAAAGUACUACAGCUGCCCAGGACUCAACGAAUAUUCCUGAAGAUAGCACGACAAUAGAUGAUGCGACUACUCUUCCGGACGAAAGUACAACAGCUGAACCUCAAGAAAGUACCACGGUUGAGGAUACCACUCCCAUUCCUGUCGAAAGUACUACAGCUGCCCAGGACUCAACGAAAAUUCCUGAAGAUAGCACGACAAUAGAUGAUGCAACUACUCUUCCGGACGAAAGUACAACAGCUGAGCCUCAAGAAAGCACCACGGUUGAGGAUUCCACACCCAUUCCUGAAGAAAGUACAACAGCUGCCCAGGGCUCAACGAAUAUUCCUGAGGAUAGCACGACAAAGGAAGACCCAACCACUCUUCCGGACGAAAGUACAACAGCUGAAACUCAAGAAAGUACUACGAUUAAGAAUUCCACACCCAUUCCUGUCGAAAGUACUACAGCUUCCCAGAACUCUACGAAUAUUCCUAAAGAUAGCACGACAAUAGAGGAUGCCACAACUCUUCCCGACGAAACCACCACAGCUGAACCUGAAAAGAGCACCACUACGAUUGAGGCUUCAACAUCCAUUCCCAGCGGUAGUAGUACUGUUGGCCAAGAUUCUACGAAAGGUACAGAAGAAAAUACUACAGACUCUACAUACAAGCCCGGAGAAAGCUCUACGAUCGCGAAUUCUACACCGAUUCCGGAUAAAAGUACCACUGUAGACGAUACUACCAGUAGUUUUAUUUCGUCAACGCAAGAAACAACUCCAUCUUAUUCAAGUUCAACAUCAUCUUCCCCUGACACCACGUCGUCAACUUUAUCACCGCUUUCUUGCAGUAGCGGGAACUCAUACUUACCCCAUCCAACAAACUGCCACAAAUUUAUACAGUGUAGUAAUGGAAACGAAUUUAUUAUGGAUUGCCCGGCUAAUCUCUAUUGGGACUAUCAAAACUUAGCCUGCAGUAGGGAACCUAGUGUUUGCUACAACAGUGAGGAAAAUGCGAAACCAGAAGAAAAGACUUGCGGCCCUGGAGUAGAUUUCCUUGUUCACCCAACGGACUGUACCAAAUAUUUGCAAUGCAGUAACGGCGAGCCAUUGGAGCGCAAAUGUCCCGAUCCCCUGUAUUGGAACCCAGAAAUUUCCGUCUGUGAUUGGUCAAAUAAGUACUGCAACAAUCUGCAAUCUGCAAAUGAAUCGAUUUCAUGUGCAGUGGGAAUGAAUUUUGAUGUUUUUCAAGGCGAUUGUUCGAAAUACAUAAAGUGCUUUGGCUUGAGGGGUAUCGUAAUGAGUUGUAGUUUAGGACUUUACUGGAAUCCUGUCAGCGAAUUAUGCGAAAAAUCGCAGCGAUUCUGCACAUAAGUAAUCUUUGCAGAUAAAUAGCAUUCUUUGAUUGACCUUCAGAAAACAAUUUUAACUCAGUAAAACCAAUUAAUAAUAAUGAUUUAAAAUGUACUUAUUUUGCUGGAACUUCGAUCCGUUUAUAUAAUAAAAUUUAAAAAAUAUAAA